UGAUCUCCAUUCAAUACUAAUACUCGUCUAUGAACGAAACUUACUAAGAAAAAUUUAAUUUAAUUUUGAAGCAUAUAUUUUAAUUGAUAGAACUGAAUAAGAUAUUACAAAGUGUAAGCUUACAAGUCAUUCUGUGAAAAUUUAAUUAUUUAUUAAAAGCAAUAAUCAUGGCUAUUGGAGAUCUCAAAACUGAAAAAGGUGUUCAAGAUUUAAAUGCUUAUCUUUCUGAAAGAAGUUACAUUGAUGGAUGGCAACCGUCACAAGCUGAUGCUGCUGUUUUCCAAGCCUUAGGAACAAUACAAAUUGUAAAUGCACACGUGUUACGAUGGUAUAAUCAUAUAAAAUCUUAUGAUCAUGCAACCUUACCGGGAAGUAAGAACUAUGUAGUUACCUCUGAACAACAUACCGAAGAUAUUGAUUUAUUUGGUUCUGACGAAGAAGAGGAUAUUGAAGCCGCAAAAAUUCGAGAAGAACGGCUAAAAGCUUAUACUGAAAAAAAAUCAAAGAAACCUACUUUGGUUGCUAAAUCAAGUAUUGUAAUCGAUGUUAAACCAUGGGAUGAUGAAACUAAUAUGGACGAGAUGGAGAAAGUAGUUAGAUCCAUCGAAGUGGAAGGACUUAUUUGGGGUGCUUCUAAGCUCGUUCCGGUUGGCUAUGGAAUAAAGAAAUUGCAGAUAAUGUGUGUAGUAGAGGAUGAAAAAGUUUCUGUUGAUUCCCUUGUUGAACAAAUUCAAGAAUUUGAAGACUUAGUACAGUCUGUGGAUAUUGCAGCUUUUAAUAAGAUUUAAAAAGUAUUUUUCAUAUAUUGUUUGUCACUAUUAAUAAAAGAAAGAACAUUCUGUCUAAAAUCAUGUUAUCAUUUUUGAACAAUAUAGAUCGAUCAUAAAUUAGAAUAAAAAUAUAUAACACGGACUAUUCACCCAAGAGCUAAACACAAAGCCG